CUUCUAAUCAAACACAAUAGGGCGAAACAAGUUAUCCUGGCAGGUCAUGCGUGGAAAUUAUCUGUACGCUUGUGACAUGCGUCUUAAUGAACUUUUGUGCGCGCUACACUGCAGCUGAACACACUGCUGCCGUCAAAACUUAGCAAAGCUCCCUGUGGAGCCUCUGGCUGAACGCCUGCUGCCACAUCAGGCGACACUUCACACUCAGCUGCUGCCCGAUUAGGUGCAUCUUUCGGGGCUGUCCAGCGUGUGAGUGAGGGAUAAAGAGAGACGCUCUGAAUGCGGCUGAACACCUGCAAGGACACUGCGGACUGUCUUCUUUUCAUUUUCUCCAUUCGCAUCCCUCACCAGCCUCUUAUUGCUUAUUAAGAAGGAGAAAGAGAAGGAUGAGCUCCUCUCUUCCCAAAAGCGAGUCGACCGCCUCUCUGCUGCGGUCGUCAGGGUUCAGCCGCAGGAUUGCGCACCCUGAUCACCCCGCUGCUCACCGGGUCCACCACCGCACACACCAUCAACAGCAUCACCACCCUUCCAGAGCUGGGAGCAGCGAGGAUGCGCCCUGGUCGGAUGACUCUGAGACAAGUGCGCGGAGACCUCUCUGCCAGCCCCGACACGCUGAGUCUCGGCAUUUAGUUGAGCCUCACCAGGUGCAAAGGAGUUACUCUAACCGCGAGCCGAGCCACAUGGAGGAUGAUUAUUCUCAGGAGCUGGAUGCGAGGCACAGGGCGAACCGGCUUCACCAGAAAGAGCGCAGCAAGUCAUCCAGAUCCAAACCUCACCACCAUCCCCAUCAUCACCACGAGUCGCCUCCUGCAGAGCCUCUCAUCCACCAGGGCGACUCCCGACAGGACAGGAGGAACUCACCGACUCCUUCUCUUCCAAAAAUCUCCGACGAGGCAGAUUUCCUCUUCGAGCAGAGCGAGAGAGCCGUGACUGGGUCCACUUCCACUCUCAGCUCGGACGCACCUGCUGGCCGCAGGUGCGCACCUGUCCGGCCAGCAUCCAGCCGCAAAGGCAAAAGACUGGGCUCGGCGUCAGAGUGCGACUCCAGUCUGCAUCCUAUAGUGAAGUCAGUAUUUGGGCAGGACAAGAAGAAGAACUACAAAGCAGUGCAGUCCAGUGAGGAGGGGGGAUCUGGGGGGAGCUAUCUUGAGCCACUAGUAGCCCUGGCCCAGAACGGAGUCAACAUGCACAACGUGCUGGGGCCUGCAUGCAUCUUUCUACGCAAGGGCUUCGCUGAAAGCCGGCAGGCUGACCGAGAGCUGAGGCCGGAAGAGCUGGAUGAGUUGCGGGAAGCAUUCAAGGAGUUUGACAAAGACAAAGAUGGAUUCAUUGGCUGCAAAGACCUGGGGAACUGCAUGAGGACGAUGGGAUACAUGCCAACAGAGAUGGAGCUGAUAGAGCUGAGCCAGCAAAUCAACAUGAAUUUGGGAGGACAUGUUGACUUUGAGGACUUUGUUGAACUUAUGGGGCCCAAACUUCUGGCUGAAACAGCAGACAUGAUUGGAGUAAAGGAGCUGAGGGAUGCUUUUAAGGAGUUUGACACCAAUGGUGACGGCCAGAUCAGCACAGCCGAACUGAGAGAAGCAAUGAAAAAACUCUUAGGACAGCAGGUUGGACACAGAGAUCUGGAGGAAAUUCUACGUGACAUUGAUCUAAACGGAGAUGGACAUGUAGACUUUGAAGAAUUUGUUCGAAUGAUGUCCCGAUGAUUUCCUGCCAGACAGCUACGUUUUAUUGGACCCGGAUUCCCAGCUGGAGCAGCACAGAGAAAGUCUGGGGAAGAAAACCGACAGGUCUCAAACUUUUCUGAACUGUGAAGAUGGCAAAAACAUAUCAACCUUGCCCCGAAACUGCCUCGCUGAAGCACAACGGCUGACGAGUUCAGCCGGGAGCAUCACUGUUAAUAACACACUGCUGCUGUUCCUUCCAGCAUAAACAAAACCAACGGCUGCACUCGUGACUUUUGCAGAGUACAUUUUUAAAACAUGUUUUCUUUUAAAGAUUACAUUUCUAUAUGUUUACUGACGCAGAUGUGAUGUUUGAGGCAUUUUCUCAAACACCAACAGCCUCUCUUAUUACUGACUGUAUCAGUAAGGAAUAAUUAUGUUUAAUACAGCAGUAUGAAGCAAAGCAACACAGAGUUCAGUAAAAUCUGUUUUAAUGCAGAGGUUAUAUUAAGCACAAAUACUAAAAGCAAUAUAGAAACAUUCCUUGUCAUCAAGUCUUGUCUGUGUGCGUUUUGUGAAUCAUGUACUGUUGAUGUUUUAAUGUUGAUUCAGACCACAGACAAAUCUGCUUAAGACAAACCAAUAUUUGUUUGGUACAUAUGUAUAAUGUAGCACUGACCUUUCUGUGACAUACAGUGUGCAUAAUAUGCUUGUUUAGCCGCAAGAAAAACAUUAUUAGUACCAAUAUUGUUAUGUUUUUAUAAAUUCCUAUUAUUGCUUGCAUGAAUAAUAACACAGAAGUACGUGAUCAGAACUUUGUCACUAAUCUAUGAUUGAUGGAUUCAGUCAACAGAUUACUUUAUAGCAGAAAACUUUUCCCUUUUGGUGCAAUAGUUAUCAGCAUUAAAUACCUCAAAGUGAGCUGAACCAUAAAUGUCCUCAAUUUUCUUCCUUAAACACAUUCCAGUCUCUAAAACCUGUGUCGUUACUUUAUUAUCAGUAAGUGUAGGAAGCGAGGUGAGCUUCUUCAUGCAGAAAGCCAAAGAACGUUUACAAAGUCUGAUUUAGUUGAAUAAGUGACGCUGGGACAGCUUUGACUGUUUAAGACUGGACACGAGAGAAUAUGCAUGCUUUAAAGUUGAGCUAUAUCUGAAACGGGAAAUCCAACUUUGUGAUUUUAUGUGUCCUAACUGUGUGAAACUAUGCAUGACAGAAAACUACUGCAAUUUGUAGCAGAAUAUUUGAAAAUAAAGAUAUUUAUUUCAACUGGAAAA